AUGUACCUAAUGUUCGACCCAACCAUGUCGCUGCACUACCAUGUCCUCUUCUUCCCUGAUGCUCCCGACAGGCCAAAGCCACCGUAUUUUCAACCUGCGGGUGUGUCACAGUCUAUGAGAGCAAAUCACGAGCACGAGUGUAACACCUUGGGUGUAAUGGAAUGGCCACCGUACGUGUACCCGCUGCAAGUUUUCUCGUCGAAAACUGGCCGGUGGGAGGAGAAACAAUUUGUUCGUCAAGGUGAUGCGGCGGUUACCGUGUCGGAUGUGUGGUCAGAUGGAUCUUCACCAAUUAGCUGCCAAGAUGGGCUUCGACGCCAUGCAGUGUACUGGCGGGCAUCGUUCUAUGUAUAUUGUGACACCGGUUUCAUUAUGAGGUUGUCACUUGAAGACCGAAUAUAUUUAGCGAUCAAAACCCCAAGACAAGAUAUAACAGGGUGCAAGAGACAUCUUAAGACAUACGAGUAUCUCGGAAAAUCCAAGCAUGGUGUCUACUUCACCGCUUUCCAUGGUUACCAACUUCAGGUAUGGGUACUAAGGGACACAUUAGAAUCAUGUCGAACUCCUGAGUGGGAGCUGAAGCAUCAAGUGGACCUUGAGCCUAAGUUAAAGCUACACUAUAACAGACACUUCAGAAGAGAAAAGUAUGAAAAGUGUUGGAUCUUAGAUUCUUGUGAUGAAGAGUCCGAGGAUAGUGGACACUAUGCAUGGGAUUCUAGUGAUGAUAGCGUCAUUGAUGUUGAAGGAGGUAUUAAUAUGGAUUACAAAGAUUAUUACUUUGCCGUUGACUUGCUGGGGUACCAUCCUUACACAGAAAUUGCUUUCAUGGGCAACCGUUUCCAAGGAUUUGCUUACUACUUGGACAACUCCAAGUUACAAUACUUGGGGUCACCUUACCCAGCAUACCUAACCAAGCAUGAUCGUCGUUUGCUACCCAUGCUUGAGUCAUUCAUCUACACUCCUUUGACGUGA